GAGCCAGACCGGAUCCUUCAUGAGGGAAGAGGCCAGGGACAGCCAGCCAGCCCCGGCUUCUCUUCUCUUCACUGAUAUUAUUCUGUAUUGCAAGCCCCGGAGCCCGAGCAGGGGGCUGCGUUAGUGUUCGUAGGAUGUCCCGUCAUGAAGGCGUGAGCUGUGAUGCAUGUUUAAAAGGCAACUUCAGAGGCCGACGAUACAAAUGUUUAAUUUGCUACGACUACGAUCUGUGCGCAUCGUGCUAUGAGAGCGGUGCAACUACAACCAGACACACCACAGAGCAUCCCAUGCAGUGUAUAUUAACCCGAGUUGACUUUGACCUGUACUACGGUGGAGAAGCAUUCUCGGUGGAGCAGCCUCAGGCCUUCACAUGUCCCUACUGUGGCAGGAUGGGCUACACAGAGAUCUCCCUGCAGGAGCACGUGGCUGCAGAGCACACAGAGACCUCCACAGAGGUGAUCUGCCCCAUUUGUGCAGCACUGCCAGGUGGCGACCCGAAUCAUGUGACAGAUGACUUUGCUGCUCAUCUCACACUUGAACACAGAGCACCCAGAGACUUGGAUGAGUCCAGUGGGGUGCGGCAUGUGAGGAGGAUGUUUCACCCUGGGCGCGGGCUGGGAGGUCCGCGAGCCCGCAGGUCUAACAUGCACUUCACCAGCAGCACCACAGGGGGGCUCUCCACCAGUCAGAGCUCCUCACAGAGCUCCAACUACAGCAGAGAGGCCAUGGACCCCAUAGCAGAGCUUCUUUCCCAGUUGUCGGGGGUGCGGCGUUCAGCAGGCGGCCAGCUCAGCUCGGGUCCCUCGGCCUCUCAGCUCCAACAGCUUCAGAUGCAACUCCAGUUGGAGCGCCAGCAGGCCCAGGCUGCGCGUCAGCAGCUGGAGACGGCCCGAAACGCCACCCGGGGCGGGGGCCGAGCCAAUGCAAUCCUCAAUACCAAUUCAGCUGCCACAAACCCCAACCCCAGCGCCAAUCACAAUACCAACCCCAGUCCCAACCCAGGUCCACCUGAGUCUAACACACAGCAUACUGCACACAGCUCCCAGUUUCUACUCAGCAGGCUGAGCGAACCACGGCUGUCUGAGGCCGAGCGGCAGGCGUGCGAGGCCCAGUGGGCCGACAGGAGCCUGUUUGUGACGGAGCUGCUGCUGUCCACAUUGCUGCCCGAUGAGGACGCCUCUGCCUCCUCCUCCGAGGACGAGGACGACUGUCACGGCUCGUUGCGGAAUUUCGCUGACUUCGAGGCCAUGGGCUGUGUUGAGGUCAUGACCUUGGACGUGGCACUGGAGAACCUCAACCUCAAGGAGACGACCCCGGCUACCAGGCCAACGAAAACGACGCCUAAAACAGCACCAACGAAGAAAGAGCCUCCUGCGCCGCCCCUUUGAUGAAAUGGCCACUCCCUCCCCUAAAACCACCAUUGUAACUGGCUGACUGCUGAGUCAGUCCGACUGCCAAUGGAUGACAAAAAAGAGACUGCAGUUUUUUUUGGCUUUGUUUUAUUUUAUUUUUCUCAGUGAUUGUCAUUUCAGCUCUGUCGCUCCCCACUCAACCCCAUGUUUAUUAAGUUGUGUACAUUGAAUAAAAGUAGUGAGACGAGAGAAUGUGAAAGCAAGCAAGCGUGGUGGGUGCGUGAGAGAAAGAAAAAUAACUAUAUAAAUAUAUUAUAGAAAAAUCUAUAUGAAAGUUGAUAAUCAAUUCCACAUAACCCGUGUUUCCUCUAGCAGAUGAGCAAAGCGUAGUUAGCCGUUUAAGAGACAAACACGUCACACACUCACCCAGGGAGAGGAGGCAGACAGAAACCUCUCCAGUAAAAACGCUGCUGUGUAUUUAUAGUUAUUAAUUAAAGAAGUGCUUGGAUGGUUUACCACAACUUAAGCAUGAGCUUAAAUCACCAUGUGCCCAUUUUUAACUGCACAGUCACCAGACGGGGAGGUCUUUCUCUUUUUGUUCAGACACCUGAGUAACUGUAAAUUAACGGUGCUGAGUGCCACAUCACUGGCAUUUCCGCACCCCACACACACACACACACACACAUACACAUACAUACACAUACAUACAUACACAUACAUACAUACAUACAUACACACAAACAGACUGAGGACUGCAUUUGGUUACAUUCAUGUCCAGUCUCAGUUCCCUCCCCCUUAUGUGACAUCACCUGUUUUGGGUCAUGUGACCUUGCUUUAUAUCGACUGUGGGCACUUUGGUUUUGAAUUGCAUAUCCAGUGUCCGUUUGUGUACACUACAGAUGCUCUACAUAAAGGCGAUACACACCUCGGAGGCAAACAGAGAUGAAACAGUCUCUUGUGUGACCAUUUUCAGGCCUUUUCUAACAUGGAAGAAACACAACAACCCUGGUCUUCAUAUGGUUGGUUGUUUUUUUGUUUUUGUUUUUUCUCUCUCUCUCUCUCUCUCUCUCUCUCUCUCUCUCUCUUUCUCUCUCUCUCUCUCUCUCUCUCUCUUUUAUGGAAGACCAGAUGCUACUUUCUCAAGCUUCCCGUGAUUGAAAUUAAUCUUCUCUCCAUUACUCUUGAAUGCAAAGAUUACUCAUCAUGUGACUUGAAGGAGAGAAUCCUGUAUUGCUCUUUCCAUUAAUUUCUCUCAGUCAAAAAGAUCUUUGUAUGCCUCCACUGCUACCUGAAGAAAUGCAAUGUAUGUUUUUGGCUCAGCAAACAAGCCAAAUCACAGGGUAAACCUUUCAGUUUGGAGGACAAUAAAAAUGUUUUGGAUGGAAAUGAACUAACCCAAUCCUGCUCUCUGGUUUGUGUUUUAACUUCUUUUCUUUUUUUUCUCAGUUGCUAACUUCCUGGCGAGCAUGUACAGCAUAUGGUAAAAAUAAACACCUAUCUUACAGGUCAAGUUCAA